GCGCUGGAGGUGUACCUCAGACCGGGCUGUAUUUUGACGGGAUAGUGGAGGAGGCGGACGGGCGGCGGGGUCAGGGCGGAGGCUGAGGACCAGGUCGGCAUGGCGGAAGGCGGGAGCCCCGAUGGGCCGGGCGGCCCGGGGCCCGCAGGUCCCAAUCUGAAGGAGUGGCUGAGAGAGCAGUUCUGUGACCAUCCACUGGAGCACUGUGAAGAUACGAGACUCCAUGAUGCAGCCUAUGUAGGGGACCUCCAGACCCUCAGGAACCUAUUGCAGGAGGAGAGCUAUCUGAGCCGCAUCAAUGAAAAGUCUGUCUGGUGCUGUGGCUGGUUGCCUUGCACACCACUGAGAAUCGCAGCCACUGCAGGUCAUGGCAACUGUGUGGAUUUCCUCAUACGCAAAGGGGCAGAGGUGGACCUGGUGGAUGUCAAGGGGCAGACCGCCCUGUAUGUGGCUGUAGUGAAUGGGCACCUGGAGAGCACUGAGAUCCUUUUGGAAGCUGGUGCUGACCCCAACGGCAGCCGGCACCACCGUAGCACUCCUGUCUACCAUGCCUCUCGUGUGGGUAGGGAUGACAUCCUGAAGGCUCUUAUCAGGUAUGGGGCUGAUGUUGAUGUCAACCAUCAUCUGACUCCUGACACCCGGCCUCCUUUCUCAAGACGGCUUACCUCCUUGGUGGUCUGUCCUCUGUACAUCAGUGCUGCCUACCAUAACCUUCAGUGCUUUAGGCUGCUCCUCCAAGCCGGGGCAAAUCCUGACUUCAAUUGCAAUGGCCCUGUCAACACACAGGAAUUCUACAGGGGCUCUCCUGCGUGUGUCAUGGAUGCUGUCCUGCGCCAUGGCUGUGAGGCAGCCUUUGUAAGCUUGCUGGUAGAAUUUGGAGCCAACCUGAACCUGGUGAAGUGGGAGUCACUGGGCCCAGAGGCAAGAGGCAGAAGAAAGAUGGACCCUGAGGCCUUGAAGGUCUUUAAAGAGGCCAGAAGUAUUCCCAGGACCUUGCUGAGUUUGUGCCGCGUGGCUGUGAGAAGAGCUCUUGGCAAAUACCGAUUACAUCUGGUUCCCUUGCUGCCGCUGCCAGACCCCAUCAAGAAGUUUCUGCUUUAUGAGUAGACUUGAGAUGCAGCGUUGACUGCAGUAAGGAAGCCAGUCUUCUGCAGUGAAAGCUGACACUGAUUCUGGCAUCCUGUGAACCAUGUCCUGUGCUGCCAACUUUUCCUUGGCUGUCAGUGAAGAGGAAAUAGCUGUGGUCUCUUGGAUUGUGAUUCCAUCUCAGGUGCUUGGGCCAUCGAACACUCCUUGAGUCAUUGUCAACUGAGAGGCACAUACAAACUUAAUUUUGUUCUUCAAUAUCUUUGUCUUGGAUUUUUACCCGUACAUAUUCCUGAAAUGGGCUGUGAAAUGUAUGCAGUAUGGGUUGGGCCUGUUAGCCUGGUGUUAGCCCCAGUGGGGAAUGCUUGUAUUUUCCAGAGCUCUGCUUUUAUUUAUGUUCCUACUCUGCAAUUUAUUAUUCUUUCAAGGCUUGCUAUGCAAACAAAGAGAGUUUUGUUAAAAAAAUAUGUAGGGAGCAGAGAUGGGGUUCGUGCACUUGCUGGCCUGUUUUUCCGCCCCUGUAUGUUUGUCUGUAUAUGUUUCCAGAUGCAUAUCCCUGCUUACCGCUGCAGCAUUCUCUCUGGAGAGCUGUCUCCAUUCCAAGAUGGUUUCUUGGCUGCAAAUACUGCCUGCUAUCUUAGUGCAUGGAGGUCCCAGCCCAGCGUCCACAGUGCAGCACCUGCUCUGCUGAGGGUUUCCUGAUGUCUCACCCUGGGGAUCCUCAGACAGUGAUUGCCUUUAGGAGGCCUGCUUGGAACCAACCAGUAAGUGACUGCCCACUUUCAGAACAGGGACCAUCCCAAUAGCACUCACUGCCAGUCCUCACAGGAUAAGAUGACACUGGGGUGCUCUCUUCAGACCUCCUGUACAGGAAGUGGGAAAUGUGUCAGUCACCUGGGUGGUUUCAGGUUACAGUGCUUGGUGUUCACCAGACAGGACAUCUGGGUGUUGGUGACUGUUUCUCCCACUUUCUGGCCCAAUGCCUUUGUGGGUACUCCUAGAGCUCUUUCCUUGUCCUGCCCAGGGGUUGUUGGUGGGCGAGAGAGAUGACCUUAUUGCAGGUAUGUUUAGCUCUUUAGGUGCAGGAGUCCUGUGCAGGUGAGUCAGGAACUGUGGGCUUGAGAAUGCUUAGGUUGUUCCUGUUUCAGUGAAAUCACCUUUGGUCAUUUUGAAGCCUGUUAGGAUUCUUGUGUGGAUCUGUAUAGACUUGAGAACGUUUAGGGACAAGCAGAUACUAAGUCUGUUUAGGUGUUUGGCCAUAAAAGAAGUCUAACCUGUAAUGAUGCUCUAUAGUUGUACCAUUGUGUGUUGUAGCUGACCAGACAGUGAUGGCCUUUGUAUUCUGUGAAUGGAGUUCCAAACCUCCAUCCCAGCGUCUCAGGAGGGCCCUGUGCAGUGGCACCAAGCUGGCCCAAACGCACUCCGUGGAGCUUUGAUAGGCCUUGCCCAGCCCUGGCCAGUAAGUACUGGGCUGGGCCAGAGCCUGUUCCUGUCUGUUCUGCAGGUGGCCCAGGCCCACAGCUCUUCACUUGGACAUGAGUAGCUUCCCCUCUGCUAGGUUUUUCAUAAUCCCAGCACUGUGAGGUCUCUGCUUGUUCAAAACUUCCAGCUGGCAAACCUGAAUGUGACAUAGCAUUGCAACUCACUGAGGACAUUUUCCUUGUCUCCAGUAGCACUACAUAAGCUCUGCAUUUCAUUGCUAGCAAAGAUGAGGUCAGGGUAGGAAAGAGUAGCACUCUCCUGUGAGCACCCCAGGCUCAGGAGAGGCACCAUUGGAAGCUGAUGUGGCUUUAGUGAGCAGACGUCUGAGCUGUGUUUUCCUGUAUCCUCCCUAGCAUGAAAAUGUGGUAGGCCUGAGCUGGUCCUAGCAGAGUUGCUCAGCAGGCCCGAGGGAAGGAGCCUGAAGACUGUCCCAGCUCACCCAGGGAGUGUCUGUGUGAUUGUUGCUAUUCCAGGGGUGGCCACUUGAUUUGAACAGAGGCUUGAACAUCGAAUCUUGGCCACGCAGGUUGGUAUGGAGCCAUUGCUGAUUCCUCAAAAUUUAUCUUUGCAGUAUUGGGUUUUUAGACAUAGUUCCAAAAACCUUCAAAUGUCAUACACGUUGUAGCUGUUAUACUUGUGAUGCUUCUCAUUUAUUUAUUUAUUUACUUAUUUACUUAUUUAUUUAUCUAUCUAUCUAUCUAUCUAUCUAUCUAUCUAUUUAUUUAUUUAUGCUCUUCUAUAAGAGGACUUAAGGUGGAGAUUCUUGUUUUGUUUUGACAUUAGGUAAAUUUAGGCAAAAAUACUAGUUAGGUAGAUUAUUAGCAGUUUUCAAAUGUUGUCAGGCUUAAGGGUCAUCAUUUCAAAGUUUUCCCUUUUUCAUGAAUGAUUUUUAAAAAAAAUAUUUCUUUCCGUUUUAUGUGCAUUGGUGGUUUGCCUGCAUGUAUGUCUGUGUGAGGGUAUCAGAUUCUUGGGUUAUAGACAGUUGUCAGCUGGCAUGUGGGUGCUGGGAUUUGAACUCACAUCCCCUGAAAGAACAGUCAUGAAGGAUUACUGACUGUGGGCCUGAGUGGAGGGAAAAUAUGCCGGAGAGCCACCCUGAUCUUUGCUCAGCCAGUUCCUGGAGAAGUGGAGGAGGCUCCACUGUAGACCAGGAAAGCACUUCCUGCUGUGCCUUGCAGGAGACCCGCUGAGCCUGAGAGAGCUGACAGGCAGCAAGCACUUUGGGAGUGGUGUCUGUCCUGUGGGAACUGCUUCUUAGUGGAAGUGCGCUUGUGGAACUAACAGUGCUGAGAGCCCCUGGUCUGGAGGUGUGGGCUCUUUCUGCUGACCUUCUGGGACAGUCGGAUCAUUGCAGCCCACAGUGCAGCAUCAGCGGAGAGCCGUACAGGUGAAGGAUAAGUGCAGCAUGCAGUACUUGAGGAAGCCACAUUUCCUCAGCUGACUGGAUUGUCUUUUAUUCUUCGGUCAUGUCCUUCCUGACAAAGAACAGAAUGUGUGCUUGAAAGUGAUGGUGUGGGGCUAUGUCUUUGCAUUUAAAACACUCUUGAUUGCAGUCCACAGCACUCCCACCCCCACUCCAUGUUUGCUUGUUGCUGAAAUCCUGGCACAAUCUGGCUGUAGUGAAUGUUACAUAUUAAUGAAAUUUUGGGGUCUUAGGUAGCUGACAUGGUGGGGAAAGGCACUGCAGCUUUCCUGUUGCGUGGGUCCAAGAGUAAUCUCUGGGAUAACUGUAUGGCCUAGGAAGUCUAGACACACUGUUGAUGGGCCUCUUCACCUCAGAUCCAUGAGGCUGCCCAUAGGAAGCCAGUGUGGCCUUUUUGGUAAGGCUUGCUUGGCCCUCGCUGAGGCCUUUGGAACUAGUGGUACCUAGGGGGCUGGUGAUGGCACCAGUGGUGGUCUGCUGCUUCCUUUGUCUCCUUGAUGCUUGCCUAUCAGGCACUUGGAGGCUAAUCCUGACUACAGGGGUCUAAUGACCUUCCCUCAGCACAGAGUGAUUCCUGGAAGUGCCUCUUAACUUGGGAGCUUCUUUCUCUCCUUUGCUCAUUUUCACCUCACUGUUCUUCGUCCCAUACUCCCUUGCUGGGCAGUGAAGUAGCAGGUACACGAACAUAGCCAGUUAGGGAUUCUUAGUCAUCCCAGGAGAGUCCCACAGACAGGAGCAUGCAAGCUUUGGUUGUGGAGUAUUUACUGUACACUGUAGCCUGCCAGAGCUUUAUGACGUGAGGAAGGGUGCAGGGGAACUUCUAUAGCCUUAACAUGUACUUGACACUCGGUGCAGAAGUGCAUGGAGCUUUUUUCGGUACUGGGGACUGAAGCAGACCUGGGCAUGUAAAGCGAGUGCUGCACUGAGCUCUGUCUUUAGAAUCUUUGUUUCUUAGGUAAAACAAGCAGUGGAAGGGUGUUUGUAACUGAUUUGAGACUGGAAUGUGUGAACUAAGCUGUCAAGGACACGCAGUGUGACUUGCUUCUGGCAUCUAGCCAGCAGCUACCCGCUCUCCCCUCGGUGUCUACACAGCUCCCACUAUUUCUGUUGGUGUCGGGCAUGUGUAGUGUACCAUGCAGUGGGGCUGUGUGCUUGUGCAGAAGACAUGCUCACUGCAGCCCCCUAUUUCCUGUUUGGGGAUGAGUGAGUGCUUGUUCCAAGUGGCCUGACUGACUGUUUUUGCCCUUGUGCCUAGUUAAGAGCUUUUAAAAGUGCAAUGACAUUUUUGAUACAUUGUUAUAAUAAAUGCUUUAUCGCCCUCUAAUUUCCCUCCCAAAUGCCUUAAUUUUGUGGCCUGUGUCUCACCGGGUAGACGACGCUUCCUCCAUGUGUAGUCUUUCAUUUACGUUUAGGUGUUCGUUCGUUCAUUCAUUCAUUCAUUCGUUCAUUCAUUCAUUCAUUCAUUCAUUGUGUAUGAAAUGUGUGUUCAUGUGUAUAUGUGCGCCCAUGUAAGCUAUGGUGUGGAUGUGAGAUCAAAUGACAAUGUUUGGGAGUUGGUUCUCUCCUUCUACCAUGUGGUUCCAGGGAUUGAACUCUGGUAGUCUCAUAUGGUAGAAAGUGCCUUCACCCUCUGAGCCAUCUUACCGGCCCCGUAUGCAGUUGUGUGCACAGUUCAAGUGGAAGGGACUGGCUCGUGGCUAGUUCGCUGUGACUGGAGAGAAGCAGGACUUUACAGCUGUUCAGGGUUCUUGGGGCUGCAGGGGACACCCAUAAUGUAGCCCAGGAGUAAACUACUAGCAGCCUGUCUCACCUAGCGGCUCUGCUCCCUGCAUUGAAGAGAGUUGUACCCACAGCUUUCCAGCCAGCAGCACUGCACAGCAUCUGUGGUGUGGGGGCGUAAUGAACACUUCCAUUUCUGCCCCAUGUUAUAUGUGACUUACUUUGCCAGUUUGAGGGUAAAGAUGUGGCAAGUUGGGAUAAACCUGGAGUGAAUGAACUAAAUAAAGAUAGUUGUUCAUAUUGA